GGGUGUGCAGUUUCCAUGAUUGUUGAAGAUUUGAAUCUUUGAAGUUAUACGAGUUUCGGAGCCACAGUGUCGCUGCUAAACGAUGUUAUUAUGGACAGCAAGUCUAUUUUUUAUCUGCCGUGAAUAAAAGUGUUGCCACAAAGGUCUCCUGCUUUAACUGUCGACAUGAAGUGUUUGAAAGUGGACGAAUACAUCAAGCGGACUGCUUCUGUGAAGGAGACAGAGCUUUUACUUCGAGAGCUAGAGAGUUAUGUGAAGAGUCGACCAGGCCUUCAGGGUCGCACACUGUGUGACAGGAUCAUCAGAGCCUGUAACCAUCAACUUGGAGCUGGAUCCCCUGACUUUGACCAUGUCAGUCAGUUGGUACAGCUGGUGGAGCUUUCUCUACAUGGCUAUGAUAUUUCUGCAGCCGCUGUUGCUCAGAGUCCUCUGUACAUGGAAAAGAUCAUUUUCCAUAUUGUCAAGAAGCUAAGCUCCCUCGAAGCACUCAGUCUAUGCAGCUAUGUAGCUGGGUUGCUUUACAGCAGGCUUAGCCCAGCCCAACAGGCGGAGGACUACUGUGUUCUUGUGCGGAGCUGCUUUUCCGUGCUUUGGAACGGACUAUCUGCCACCAAAGACAAGAAAAUCCUUAAUCCACGGGACAAACUCCACUGCCAGAUGCAAGCUCUAAGCUUCCUUCUGUUGUUGGACACAGAGAGUGCAACUGCCUCCAUCUCCAAAGCUCCCAUUUACACAGAGGAUGCAAUCACUGAAUAUGAGAGUAGCUGCGGAGCGAUAACCAAAGACGACGCUGCUUUUCUUCUCCAGGAAAUGCACACGCUUUUCAGCAGAUGUUGGACUGGUGGUCGAGGCUGUGAGGUGGACGGAUCCAAGCGAUCUGCCGAGACAUCAGUUUUAUAUGUGCUUUCUGAAAUGGUGCUGAUUAUUGUGAAGGUGCUUUGUAAGGCCAGCCACCAUGAUUCUGCCUUUAUCUUCGUGAAUGAUAUUGAGAGUAAGAUCAGGGACUGUGCUGACUGUCAGUGUACAGCUGCUGUGCUAGGCAAAUGGGCAGUAAAAAUCAGUUCUACAAUGAAGGCUGGCGGGGAGUGUGGUCAGGCUUUGACAGAGUGUGCCAGGGCCUUGAGGUCUCUCUCAGCUGACGUGGGGUACAGAGAAGCUCAUGCUGUACUGGAAGGUUGCGGACUGGUGGUGUGGGCUGUCGAAAGUGGCCAAAGCAAGGGUUUAAGUGGACCUGUGCUUCUGGCUUGGUUUUCUUUUCUUGAGGAGCAUCAAGAACUGAUAUCAAAGAUGCUAAAGAAGCUUUCUUUGCAGAAUUCAACAUGCCAGGCUGAGGGCAGCAGACUGCAACAGACCCUUUGCUUCAGUAUUUACCAAGGCUUCGUAUUUGCUUAUGAGAGCAUGCUGGCAUCACAGCUGGAGAACAGUGACACACUGGACAGAGUGCUGCUGUACUGCCAAGCCACAGCUGGACUGAUGAUGGCUGAACUGCGUAAACUGUCGAGUGAAAACCUUCUCAUCAAAGCAGUGAUUGCUGUGAGCAACUUAGCUUGUGGAUUGUACAACCGGCGCCUCUAUGACCAGGCCUUCACGCUAGUUGAGAUCCUCUGCAGGGAUCUAUGCAAGAACUGUCCUGUCUCACUCUCCGUCGAUAGGUUGAGCCGACCCUUCAUGCUGGCCGUGCAGACGUCUCGGCGGGCUGGACAACUGGAGCGAGCUCUGGACUGGGUGAUCCUGUGGCUGAAGGCUCUGGGGGACAAAAUCACUACUCAUAUGGCCGAACCAGUCUCUCUCUGGGUGAAAACGAAGACCGACGCAGCCCGUAACUCUGAGGAGGACAUCCGUCUCAGGACAUUACAAGAUGGUUUUGGUCCAGACGUCCCUGAUGAGCGAGUAAUGCUUUGCCUUCUGGAGGAAGAGUUGCGUGCCUAUAAGGAGGUGGCAGGGGACACAGCCCAGGAGCGUUACAACACUCUCUGCGAUCUGUUGGACAUUUGCCACGAGGAGAGCCCACACACUCAUCUACGUGCUGUCUACCUCUGUGAGAUGGCCCAAGUUGUGUGCUAUCAGGAUUUCAGUGAACAGACCGACUGCACAGCAGUUGAUUUUACCCACGAAGCCUUACGGAUACUUGAAGAAGAAGCAGAGACUCCCGAGAAUGCUGAUAGACUGAAGGAUGACAAGGCCCAUGCUUUACUUUGGCUGUACAUCUGCACCCUUGAGAAGAAUCUUCAGGAGGCCAUUGAAAGAGACAUAAAACAGCGUGAGUUGCGGGAGCAGACACGCUGUGUAGCCAAUCCCAUAGGAACCAAUGAUUUUGAUUAUGAAGACAAGCAGAAAACACAAGACAGCAUCCUGGUCUAUGAAGGCCUGCAUUUCAACCUGGCUGCAGAGAACAAGUUGUGCAAGCCUUUGGAGAGAGCACUGGAUGUGUGGUCCGCUCUUCUACAGAGUCAAGUGCUGACUUCACUCAGAAACCCCAAACAGACCUGUAGCUCUGUUGCUGUGACUGCAGCUCUCUUCAAACUUAUGGGAAAGCCUUUAAAGGCUUUGGAAGCUUACCAACUUGCGAUCGGACUUUCACGUCAACUUGCUGAUGCUCAUGGAUGUGCCAGCUACCUCUGUCAGUCAGCCAGUAUCCUUCUGGAUAUGGGCACCCCUGAACUGGCUUUGGCUCAGCUAGAGCAAGCAGAAAAGUUGCUCACCUCAGAUUCCACUGCUGAGGGACCUUCUUCUCUCUCCAUGCUGGCCAUUCUGUUGAAAGCUCAGUACUGCUACAGCGUAGGACAGGUGGAUCUUGGGGUGCCUCAUCUGUGUGAAGUGCUUAAAGAAGUGAAUGAGCAGAGGCAGUCCAAGAGCUGGUACUUACUGCGUGCUCGGACCCUCCAGACCUGCAGCUCUUAUCUGAGUUUGGACACCACAGCACUGCCACAAGCCCAGCGGAACCGUAUCACACAGGAUGGUAUAAAAAACCCAGACACUGCCCUGUAUGAAAGUCUGAAGCUUCUUUGCAGCCUGCUGGUCACUUUAGUGGGUAAGGGCCUAUACGGGACUAACGGCAGCAGCUCAGACAUACGCUUCGUCGACCAAGGAGAUAACCUGCUGCUGAAAUGGCAGCUUCUCUCAGAGCUGUUAAACUGCUCAGUGAAGAUGGUGACUGUGAGGAGCACCUGUGGGGCCAUCAAUGACGCCAGGCUCCAAUGCCUAGAAGCUCUCAAACUGGCCACCAAGCUGCAAGCACUCAGCCAAUGUGCUGAGCUGCUGGUGAUGAAAGCUGAGUUGGAGCUGAUGCAGGGGGAGAGAGAGGAAAGUGGAAUUGAUUUAGACAAAGUCAGGAACCUUCUGGAGCUUUGCACAGAUUUUUCUGAUCAGGUGAAGAAGGCGGAGGUGAAAAUCAAACCCAGGAAAGGUCGUCCAGCACAGAAAUCUCAGUCUCCCCUUCCUACCAUAGAGGAUGAUUUUAAGGGCAUCCUGAGCACUAGGUGGAUUGCCAAAGAACCUGUACUGAGGGAUCUGGCCAGCUCCCCGCCCCUUAAAGCCCAGCCUCGCCGCUGGCUCUCCUCCCUGGCACAUGACUCAAACUGCCAGUGUCCCUGCUGCUCUGAGCCCUGUUUGGGCCGUGCCACUGCUCGCUGGGCAGCGACACAGGCUGAUCUGGUUCUCCAGCUAGAUCCCAAUGAAGCCAGAAUCAGUUUGAAGCUUCAAUGGGCAACAUUAGCACGCUGUAAGAGUGUCUCUGCCAAACUCGGGGUAAAAUUAGCUAAACUCUUCCCUCCCUGUGGCCCUUCCAAAGGCUUCUCUAAACCCUCCCUGAUGCAGGACUUGGUGGGCCGUGUGUACCUUCGCAUGGCCCUUUUGGGGCUGGAACCAAGGCUUAAUAAGGCCUGUGGUAUAUGGAAAGUACUGGAGGCUGGCUUAGCAUUUGUUGAUUCCUCACCCUCUCCUGUGCUACGCCCUGUGAGAGCAGGCCUAAUGGCAACCAAAGCCAUAGUGUCAUUAGUUACCUUGGCUGCCAAAAAGGGCUGCACCCCAGAAGAGCUCUUCUCAAAUGCUUGGACUUGGAAUGCACCAAAAGCGGAUCCACAGCUGAAAUCAGAAGAGAAAGCAGUGCCUCCCUCAUCCGUGCUUAAGAAGCCUAAAGAGUCCAUUAAAAGCCCAGAUAUUCCUAACAAAACAAAGGAGGCAAAGAAUGUAAAGAUUGUCAAGCCCAAGAUUAAAGUGACAAGCUCCUCAACCAAAGCAAAGGGACUGGUUCCCAUGACACCAGUGAUGGUUAAGUCAAAGCCUUCUGUUAGGGACCUUGGGUCUUUUGAGUUUAACACAGUCGUACCUACUUUGGCCUGUACUCCUCUUCAAAAGGUUAAAGCCCCUGCCUCAGUGCAGAAAGCACAGAGGACUGCCUCUAAGCUACAGUUUCAUGUGUAUGAAGAGUUGUCACCAGUUCAAGACAACGCCCGACCUGUGCCUGCUGCCCCCAGACGCACAAAGAAAUCACGUUUCAAGGUGGAGUUUAGCGAUGAGAGUGACACAGAAGCUAAUACCCAGGCUGAUACCACAGAAAAAACACAUGUCCCUAAAAAGCGAACCACCACAAGACGAGCUGCCCAAAACAGUAAAACAGCCCCAGAUCCACCUGCAGAGAAGGUCCAACCCAAGAGGCAGGCCAAGGGUAAGAAGACCACUUCAUUGCCUCGGACUACCUCCUCUGAGGAUGACGAAACUGUGGUCUGUCAGCCAGCCUCAAUGAGAAGAGGAAGGACCAGGAGGGAGCUGACCAGGACAGAGGCAGAUUCAGUGGAGGAACCAGACAAAAUGAGGACCAUUGAGGAGGAAACUACUGGAAUCCUGGACAUAAGCAUUGAGCAGCUCAGGACAUCAGACACUGAGAAUGAAGACAAUCCUGCUUCAAGCAAAGAUGUUGACAUAGAUUUUGAGGUGUUGCGGAGGGACAUGUGUUGCGAUUUUGAGAGAGACGAUUUGUCCGAACUGAGGAGCAGAGGUCAUCUGACAGAAGAUCCACAAACCCACCUCUCUCAUUCAGACACCAGGCCAGACAAUCUGUCUUUGGAGGAUGUUCAGUCACUUCUCCGCUCAGCCUGGUUGGCCUUUCAGCACUUCCCCUCCCCCACAAUCUACACAACCCUCUGUACUCUUCUGGCCUUAACCAUGGGACAGAAGGACCCCAUAACUACAGCGAUGCUUCAUGCCCAGUCCUUGGGCAUCACUAGUCGUCAUCGCACAAUCAGACAUUUAGCCAGUUGUCUCAAAAAGCUGAGAAAGCCAUCCAGUGAGCUCGAAGACAAGAUGGAUGCUCUGAGUCUCAAUGACCCCAGCCUGAGCGAGUCCAAGAACUCUACUGCACAGAUGUUGUCGCAGUUGGAGAACAUCUUCUCCUUUCCAACUCCUGACUCCUCUACUUUCCCCAAGAGUCACUGUCAAGAGUUUAUCCAACAAAUUCAACACCUUCCCUCAGGGGUAACCGUGUGCGUGAUGUCCGUGCUUGGAGUAAAACCUGGUGAGAUGGGUGACAGCAUCAUACUGUCACGUCUUGAGAAGGGAUCUGCCCCCGUCACUGUUCACAUCCCCACCUCUAAACAGCAGCACCCCAUUAGCUGGCUGGUACAGGAGAUAGAUAGUAUUCAGGUGGAACAGAAGGCCAUGAGCUGUGUGUCUGAGAAAGCCAAGUGGUGGGAGGGUCGCAGGGCCCUCGACUCUCGGGUUGAGCGACUGAUGAAGGAGAUGGAGGGAUUGCUGGGAUGUUGGAAGAGUUUACUUCUACCCCUUUCAUUGGAUCCUGAGCUCUCCAAACAGGCCCAGAACCUCUGCAAGUCUUUGUCUGCAAGGGGAGUGACAGUCAGUGAGGAGAUGUUGAAGGCUGUACUGUCUGCCUCUCCUGUGCUCUCCCAAGAAGACCUUAAAAGAUUUGCUCUGGGAGUUUCUUCACAGUGGAACAUUGAGUGUGACAAGCUUCUCCAUACAGCUGUGUCCCGGCUCGCUGUCAGAGACGAGCCCCAGAGUCAUGUGGUUCUCAUCUUGGACAAGUACCUUCAAAAGUUGCCGUGGGAGAGCAUUGCCAUCUUGAGCUCUCACUCUGUCAGCCGAAUGCCUUCUCUGCACUCACUAAUUGGACUGAGCAUUCAGAAAGAGAUUGACUCUCAGUCCAUCUUGAGGCAAGGAGUGGAUACAAGGCAAGUUUAUUACGUGCUGGACCCUGAUGCCAACCUAGGAAACUCUCAAGACCGAUUCAAGGAAUGGUUCAGCAGUAAACUGCACUGGGAGGGUGUGUGUGGAGUUGCUCCUGACUCGGGUCAACUGGAAGAAGCUGUUGCGACCAAGGAUCUGUACAUUUAUGUUGGUCACGGUGCAGGCGCUCGAUUCCUAGACAGCCAGGCAGUCCUAAAGCGGCAGAUGAGAGCAGCUUCUCUGCUUUUUGGUUGCAGCAGUGCCGCUCUGGCAGUGCGUGGGGAUCAGGAAGGGCAAGGCAUCAUCCUCAACUACCUCAUAGCAGGAUGCCCCUUUGUUUUGGGAAACCUGUGGGAUGUGACAGAUCGGGAUAUUGAUCGCUUUACUAAAGCCUUGUUGGAGACCUGGUUAUCUGCUGGGUCUGGAGCUCCCCUUCUGGAUCAUAUGGGCCCAUCACGUCAGGCCACACACCUGAAACACCUCAUCGGAGCUGCACCUGUGGUCUAUGGCUUACCAGUCCACCUGCAGUAGGUGGUCCGAUGAGCCAAAGCUCUUCUAAAAAUGCCGUAAAUAAUCUAUGCAGUUUCCAAAUGUAUUGUUUCAGCAUGCAAGCUGGAGGACGUGACUUUAACUUAAAUUUGAAUCCUUGUUUUUGCAGGCUUUGGCCAGAUUAAGUACUGCAUUUCCUUAAUUUAAACCAAUGCUUCCGUUUUUAAACCAGUGCCACUACAGUGUAAAUGAUCUUAAAUAUCUUGCAAAUUUUUAUAAAGUGUAUGAAUGGACUGUCGAUGUGUUGAUGGAACAACAGUUUUUGAAUAAAUGUGUUCUCGCAUACA